AUGGCUCCCAAGAAUACUGUCACUGAUGCAUCCACUAAAAAAGUUAUGAGCAAAGGAGCAUGGACGGCUGAGGAAGAUAACAAACUAGCUCACUGCGUUGAAGUUCAUGGUGCAAAAAGGUGGAAAACAAUUGCACUUAAAUCAGGUUUAAAUCGAAGUGGAAAGAGUUGCAGAUUGAGAUGGAUGAACUAUUUGAGACCUAACAUCAAGAGAGGCAACAUAUCACAUGACGAAGAGGACUUGAUUAUCAGGCUCCAUAAGCUGCUAGGAAACAGGUGGUCACUGAUUGCUGGGAGACUUCCAGGGCGAACAGAUAAUGAAAUUAAGAACUACUGGAAUUCUCAUUUGAGCAAGAAAAUUAUAGAUCAAACUCAAAAGGAGAAAAUUCCAGAUCAACCUUCCACACCGCUAGCUACCAUGCACCAAAAGACUUCGGAUGCCAUUCAGGUCGAGGAAGAACGCAGCGCUAGAGAAGCAUGGAACUUGGAGACUGGGAACUUUGAUGUCGACGAGUUCUUUGACUUCUCCGCUGAAGGAUUUUAUUGGGUUGAUAAAUCUCUUCGAUCAACUUGA